AUGCCGGGUAUCCAACCUGCGUUUGCCUGGGAGCUGAUGUGCUAUGCCAACCGCGCAAUUCACGGCGCCUACUUUGACGAUCACUACUCAAUCUUUAUCCCCUUACUCCUGCUGCUGGCCGAGUUUCCCUCUUAUGUAUACACAUGGCUGGCGCUAGGGGCUGCUCAACUGGCGCAGCAACUACCGUCUGCAGAGAACCCAUUGCGACUCCUGUCGCUAGAAUACCACUCGCAGGCAAUAGGUAGUCUGCGCCAACACCUCCACUCUGCUCCAGUACCUCAGGAAUGGGCCCUGUGCUCCAUGCUGCUACUUCACAUUUUCGAAAAGUUUGGCGACGGGUACCGAUCGCCCUCGGAUACACAUGUCAAGUCGGCGCGAAGCAUCUUUCUCCGCCAUUUCACCCAUUCGCCUCCGAGAGACAUGCGCCACAUUCUACAGCUAGAGAGCCUGGUAUACCGAGUCGCCGUUACUAGCACUUUCCGGCUAGGGCCCAUGUGUUACCUGGAGGAAUACUCCUCUCUGGACGAUCUCGUCGAUAUAUGGGAGUCGUCACCGAUCACUUGUGUUUUGUGGCAACAUAACCUCUGGAUCGGUCUACGGCCGCCCAUAUUCAAUGUAGUCUUUAAGCUAUCAGUCCUCCUCCGUCUUGUGCCCCUCCAACCUUCGUGGAGGUCUGAGCUGGACAAGCUAGAGGGGCUGGACAAGCUAGAGGGCAACUUUCAGCACUAUCUUGGGCCUUAUGAGGCGUGGCCGUCGCAUAUGGGCGACCCAGAUCAUCCACCGGAUAGCGGUGGCAGGCCUUGCUUGUCGCUAGCAGACCAGGCCUGCGCCGAGCACUGCCUUUACGCUUGUGCCUGCCACAUAAUCACGACCAAAUUUCGGGACCCUGAGUCAACGCAGUCCAGGGAUCAGGUCCGUCGAGUAUCCCGCCUCGGUUUCCGCCUUCUGGCGUACCUGGCAAAAGCCGGGUUCCUAUCACCAGUGUUGAUAUGGCCAGCCACCAUCAUCAGUCUCGCCGCGUCGAGUCCGGAGGACCAGGAUAUAGCGACGCUGUGCAUUAACGGUCUAGCCCACAAGUCUGGAUCACAGGCCAUUACAUCAGUCAUGCGCCUUCUGCACCUUGCAUGGACGAAAACCAGUAAGGAAUGGCCAGCCGGAACGAAUAUACUCUUUGACUUUGAAGCGCUUGGCCACGUUUUUAUCUGA